CAAAACGAUGCUCAGGUUCUUCUCUGCUCAACUUCCCAGCCGACUCUCCGUCGUUGUGGUGGUCUUCAUGCUGUUUCGCAUACAGAUGAUGGACAGCCGUUUACAAUUUAUCGAACAGUGUGAUGACGUCAACAAAAUAAUUGGAUUAAGCACGUUUGAUGACGAAGGAAGCCCUUACUACGAUGUGUUCGGCGCCGAAUGGAGAACCGUAUGUGGAAAACAGGCUGGAAGUGUAGUAGGUAACGGGACCAGGCGAAACCCUUAUAAAAUUUGGGUCAAUAUAUACAAAGGGCCGGCCUUUCAGGAACCUCAAUGCGGUGUUAAGAGAAUUGGUAUAAACGUGUUCGAGUUGAGUGUGAAGUUUAUCAAAACCUGCGAGAGACCAUCAAUUAGUGACAACCUCUAUAGAGUUGUUUGUCAGUUAAACAACGUUCCGAAGACACACACAAUUAACCGGAUUCGGCCCCCAAACCAGGUUAUUGCUAACGCCAGUCAUGUGUGUCGGCCACCAUCUACUCUAGAGUUCCACUAUAGCCAGCAGUUCUUCAUGCCAUUCGACAUCUACGCCAUAGAAGCCCGCAAAAUGUGUUCCAAGUGCUCAGGAUCGGGUCGAGGACGAGGAUCCUAUGAUGACCCUUAUAUUUUAACUGUAGAUUUCAGUGACCCCAGACAGUGGUAUGGUUGCCAAGGAACUCAAUUGGAAGCAAACAUUUACAACCUGAAGAUUUUGGUUCAACAAGCUGAGUUUAUUGUCCAAAAUUCCGAUAUUCUCUAUAACAUUGUUUGUGAUUUCAACCGAAAUAAGUUCCGUUCGACCAAUGUCACUUCCGGUCUGACGGUUGGAGG